GGAAUGUAAAACAGCUUUGAAGAGAACCAAGGAAAAAAGUUGAUAGAAGCACGAUUGAUAUCAUACUACACAAAGAAGCUGCAAAAGUCAACCAUUUUAGAGAGUCAGCAGCAGAGAAUCUGUGCCUAAAUGAUCCUGAAUCACUUGCACGAGCUUCAAUGUGAAAAACAUCUUCUAGAGGGAUUGGAGAAUUUCUUCAAUCAAAAGAAUGGCCAUAAGCGUGGGCACAUUCUACAGGCUAAUGGUACAUAAAUUUAUGAUGCAUCUGUCUAGAUUUGAAUCUUAAAAAUUUAAUCUCUACAAAAUUGAGUCCUUCUCAUGAAAGCGUCAUCCAAAAGAUGCUUCAAUAAUAUAUAGCUCGUGAGACACCUGAGCCCAAAAGGCAAUCAAGAUUCGAACACAUAAAGAACAAAUCAUAAUCACUUUAAUAAUUAAAUGGUGGUCGAGUUGUGCGCCAAGAAUAUAUAUCACCGGUUGAGUACAUGCGAAAAUUAAAGACUUGUUUCGGACAUGCUCUUCAUCCAGACAAUUAAGAUCAGGAGGAUCCAUACAUACCAGUGUAUAAUGUAAUAUAUGACAGGUAAAACAUGAUAUGUAGACUAUUUAGAACCGGUUAGUUAUUGUUGACUGGAGAUGAUUUAGGAUUGAUAAAGAUAUGGUCAGCAUCCAAUGGGUUGUUAUUGCAAUCAUUGAAAGGUCACACAAUGGCAAUAAAUUCAAUGGAUAUUAGUUAUUGUAACAAAUAUUUGGCAUCUUGUAGUAAUGAUGGUCUGGUGAUCGUUUGGGAUAUUUAGAUUGGUAAACCUGUAGCAGCACUAAAAGUACAUAUAUGCUGUAUUGAAAUAGGAAGCUUAAGAUGAUCCGAUAUUAGUUUUGGUGUUUUAUCAAAGUAAUUCAGAAAAUGUAAACUAUUUGACUGUUGCAAGUGAGAAGGGUUAUGUUUAUAUCUAUGAUGUAUAGGAUUUGAUUAAAUGCAAUGGGAGCAUAUUGGGCACAUAGUUCAAUACGAAAAUUAAGUAAUCUGCCAUUAAACAUGAGGCAGAUAUCAUUAGAUUGAAUGUGAAUUACAAUAAAUCAAAUAAAGGCAAGGUAAAUGGGAUAUUGUGUAUGGAAUUCAAUAAGCAGGGAUAUUUGGCAAUGGGAACAGAUUAAGGCGAAAUAAUAAUCUUUGAUAAACCAGAAAAUCUGUCAAAAGCAAUAAACAAAGUGGAAUGGAGAGAACAUUCUGGCACAGUUCAUUUGGCUCGUUGGUCUAAGGAUGGUGAUCAAUUGUUAACUGCAUCUUUUGAUGGAAGUGCUCGAUUAUGGAAGUGGUAAGAAGGAGGAAUUGCAGCCAAUCAACAUAACAGAUCAUAAGUGUUAUUGAAGUAUAAAUCUACGGAAGGGAGAAGAGUAGGCGAAAUCUAAUGUUUUGCUAUUGCUUGGUCUGCCAAAAGUACUUAUGCUUUGGCUUCAUUUAGUAAGAAAUUGAAGAAGAAAGGAGAUGAGGAAAAAUCAAAGACUCAAAUUCAAGUGUAUUCAACACAUGAGAAUUAAGUCAUUCAUUGUAUGGAUUAAGAGAGUUUAUCAUAAUUGAAAUUGGAUUCUCAUGUUGUGUUUUUGGAAGCUCAUCCUAUUUUUGAGGAAGUGGCACUGUCAGCUGAUGAAAAUGGAUUAAUUAUUUUAUGGAAUGUCCAAAAAGGAAUACCUCUAAAAGUGUUUCAUGAAAGAGGAUAUCAUUUGAAAUUACCAAAUUUAGAGGUUCCUUUGAAAGAUGGAUGUUUCAGUCCAAAUGGAAUGACUUUUGUAGUAUCUACCGAUUAUGGGUCAUUUUCUAUUUAUGGUUAUGGAGUGCAAGAGAUCUUCGAUUAAACUCCUGUUGAAUAGUUUUAUGUAUCAGAUUCUGAACAUCCAAUAAUAGAUGAGUCCGAUGGAUUUAGAGUUAUGGCAUUAGAUUCUGAUAUGGAAUUUUGUUAUGUGGAUAGGGGAAGUAUUUGCAAUUUCUAUAGAAUGCCAUACCAUUAUCAUUUCUAGAAUAAUUUUAAGACUCUCUUUCCCUAUUUGAUAUCUUAAGAUUAUCAAGGCAAAAAGAGUGUCAAUCUCUAGAAACCAAAGUUAUUUACUUAUAUACAAAUGUCCAAAGGAAUAACCAUAGACAACAUGAAAAAUGAAGAAAUGUUUUAAGGCUACUUUGCAGAGAUGAAGUAAAUGGAAAUUAAAAUAAUUCAUGAUAUUAAAGAAUAAAUGAGAAUUUAAGAUCAAGUUAGAAUUUAAAAAUUAGAAGGUGAAAUAAUUGAUGUAGCCAAUCAACCAAUUCCAGAAAGAUCACCUUCUAAUCAUAAUGUCAAAUUAAUCAAAAAGACUGAGCAAAAGUCAGGGGAAUUAAUUAAGAGGGCUUUAAUUAAGGAUGAUGAAGAUAGUAGCUCAUAAAUAUCAUAGUAAGUGGCUCAGCAAUCAAUUAAUAAUAAUAAUGAAUCUAAAAAGUAGAGUCAAAGAAGAAAAAAAGUAAUCGAAAGUGAAAGUGAAAGCGAAGAAAAAAUAAGCAAAUAAAGUAACUAAAAUAUGAAGGAAGAUGCUCAAAUAGAAUAGUCUCCUUUAUUGACAAGAUCAAGAAGAAAUCAAAGAAACUAAUAAAGUAGACUAGUCAUCCUGAACAGUCAUCGACAACAAAACGAUCUAAGACGAAAUAGGUCAUAAGUAACAGAAUAAUGUACUAGAUGCAGAAUUUUAAUGGAUAAUGUUGUUCGCUGUCCUGAAUGUAAGUCUGCAUUUCAUUAGGAGUGCAGUGAGAUACGUCUAUUCGUAAGUGAAUUAGAUUUUGGAACUCAAAAAAGAAUUUGUAUUAAUUGUAUGGCAUAAUUUCAACGAAAAAAAUAAGCUUAAACUAGACAAGGUGAUCAUGUGAGAGAUAAAUAUUUAACCGAUGAUACCAAUUCCCCUUAGAUUGGAGAUGAUGUAAUAUUCUUUACCAAAGGAUAUGAAUAAUAUCUUUAAAAAUGUCUACAAAAUUUAGAUUUGUCAGAAUUAUCAAUUGAUUCUGCAUCCAAAAAAACUAUUGUCUUUCCAGGAGAUGUUCUAACCGAUUAAGAGUCAGCCAAUUUCGCAUAUUGCAAAGUCCUCAACAUAAAUUACAUUUUCCCUGUCAUCAAUACAGUCUUUAAAAGACAAGUUAAUUAAAACUCCUAUAUCAUACAAGUUUUUGAGCUUCAAACAAAGGAUCUUAUCUUCAAAUGCUUCUACUCGUAUGAUUGCGAUCCAUAUCUUAUUCUAGAGGAAUCUUAUGCAUCUAGUGUAAGAUAAAUUCGUCCUUAUUUGAAUCAACAACAACUAAGCUUCCAAACUGAUGCUGAUAAGGACAAUGGAUUUGGCCAUCAAUACCAAUUUAUUGCUUAAGAAACUCCAGAUGUUUAUUUACAUGCCAGUGAUUGGCAAGUCUUAAAAUGCAAGAGGAUUAGUGACGACACUUAUCAACUAAGAAAUCAAAAAAGUAUGAUUGCUUAUUGUCAUCUAAAUUUCUGGGAAAUUGCCUCAAUGGUCAAUAAAUCUAAUAAACCUAUCGAAAUUUAAGGAGCUUCCUUAUAAUCUGCUUUAACUACUAAUGAGGCUCAACAAAUUAAUAAAGAUAUUAAUGCUAUGAUAAAAAAGUAAACCAAGAUUUCCUUUUUCUUCUCCAAUGAAGUAGAUGUCCAACAGUACCCAGAAUACUUAGAUUUUGUUCCAUUAAUGAGUUACAUCACACUCAUUCAAAGAAGGUAAUUGUAUAAUUUGAUAUUAAGAUUGGAGAAUGAUUUUUAUAGGAGUAAGGAUUAGAUCUUAAAUGAUGUCGAAAGAAUUCGAAGCAAUGCUUAUAUAUUUAAUCCACCUAAAUCCGAAGUCUGUGAAUUAGCAGAUAAAUUAGCCAACAUCUUGCAUUCAAUAGUAAAUGGUGAUCAAAUUCAAAAACAACAAGUGAUAAUAUAAGUUAGAGAAAUAUAAACGAGAAAAAAAAAAAAAUUAUUUUGA